UAUAAUAAUGGGGUUCAAGUUUUGCAGCCUCCUUGUGCUCUUCUUGUCCCUCACUUCCAACAAUGCAGGUUUAUGCUAUGGCCAAGGAGAUGAGGAUGCAAGAGGCAAAGCUAUGGUGCCCGCCAUGUUUGUUUUUGGUGAUUCUUUGAUCGAUAAUGGCAACAACAAUGAUUUGCCUUCUCUUGCUAAGGCCAACUACUUACCUUAUGGUAUCGAUUUUAGUGGCGGCCCCACCGGUAGAUUCUCCAACGGCUACACUAUGGUCGACACCAUCGCUGAGUUGCUUGGACUUCCGUUGAUUCCUCCUUACUCUGAGGCUUCCGGCGAUCAAAUGAGAUUUGGAGUUAAUUAUGCGUCCGCUGCUUCUGGAAUUCUAGACAUCACAGGCAGAAAUUUUGUGACUCGAAUCCCAUUCAAUCAACAGAUCAAAAACUUCGAGAACACACUCGACCAGCUCACGGACCGUCUCGGGGCCCUCGAGCUGGCCCAGGAGCUGUCGAGGUGCAUUUUCUUCGUCGGAAUGGGAAGCAACGACUACCUCAACAACUAUCUCAUGCCAAACUACGACACCAAAAAUCACUACAAUGGCCAACAAUAUGCAGAUCUCCUAACCCAACAAUACUCACAACAACUCACUAGACUGUACAAUCUCGGAGCUAGGAAGUUUGUGAUCGCCGGAUUAGGGCUAAUGGGCUGCAUUCCGAGCAUCCUAGCUCAGAGUAGUAAAGGGGUGUGCUCCGAGGAGGUGAACCAGCUAGUUGCCCCGUUCAACACAAACACGAAGGUCAUGAUAAACAACCUCAUCCGUAAUCUUCCCGGAGUCCGGUUCUCCUACAUUGACAUCCACAACAUGUUCCAAGAUCUCCUGGCUAAUGCUAGAUCAUAUGGUUUCAGCGUGGUGAACCGCGGGUGCUGUGGAAUUGGGAGGAACAGAGGCCAGAUAACUUGUUUGCCGAUGCAGACGCCGUGCCCUAAUAGGAACCGAUACAUUUUCUGGGACGCAUUUCACCCGACAGAGGCCGUGAACGUCUUGUUUGGGAGGAAGGCCUUCAAUGGGGGCUCUGAUGUGGCUUAUCCGUAUAACAUAGAGCAACUUGCUCGCCUAUGAAUUUUAGGGCUCUAGGGCUAAUUAAUUUGUGGGUUUUGUAAGAAGAGAAGAUGGUUGUUUCUAUUUUGAUCAUAAUUACCAAGUAGCUUAAUUGAUUUCUGAUUUCUGAUUAA